GCUCUCUUACACCCGCGCCAGCUCUCACUGUCCGCGCCGACUAACCCAAAACGCGCCGACCACGAUCUGUUCGCGCCAGCACCGCCGUGCCGUCUUCCGUCACCGCACAAGCCGAUCAUCAAUACUGGUUCUGUUCUGUUCUGCUUGCAAAAUACAGCAACAACAUCACUGUAUUGGAUUUACGUUUUCUCUAAGUUUGAAUUUUCUCAGUUUCGCACAAAUACGGUAUCUGUCUCGCAGAAACAGAGAUAUAAAAACGGUUGUUUUAUUGUGUCCUAUUUUUCUACCGGUUCACAAAACACAGCAAGUCCCUCUUUGUUUUCACAUCGGUCGACAUGUCUUCCUCUCCUGCCGCUGCAUCCACAACCUCUGUCGACAUCUCCACAUCUGUCUCUUCAGCAAAAACAGAUUUUCAUCCUGCCCUUGUCGUCACCAACAUCAAACAUAGCAUUCCCUUUGUACUGGAGCUGGAGAAGGAUCACUACAACAUGUGGGCCGAAUUAUUUGAGGUUCAUGCUCGUGCCCACAAGGUUAUUCAUCACAUCAUUCCUCAACCCGGCAAAGAGAAGCCUGCCUCCACUGAUGCUAGUUUUGAAAUGUGGACAAUUCUUGAUUCAACGGUUCUUCAAUGGAUUUAUUCCACUAUCUCAUUUGAUCUCCUUACCACCAUUAUGGAAAAAGGAUCAACUGCCAUGGCUACCUGGAACCGUUUGGCCAACAUAUUUAAGGACAAUCAAAACUCUCGUGCUGUUGCGCUUGAACAAUAUUUUUCCUCCACUCGUAUGGAAGAUUUUCCUAACGUCUCUGCAUAUUGUCAACGACUCAAGCAACUAUCUGAUCAACUGAAGAACGUUGGAGCACCCGUCAGUGAACACCGACUGGUCCUUCAAAUAGUAUCCGGAUUGUCUGAGCCAUAUCGUGGGGUUGCCACCGUGAUUCGCCAACAGAAAACUUUACCCUCAUUUCUUGAGGCUCGCUCCAUGCUCACCUUGGAGGAAUCUGGUUUGGCCAAAAUGCAUAGCACUAGCUCACCCACUGUCUUGCAUACUGCCAUGCCACGAGACACAGAUGACUCCUCCCAGCAGCGUUCCAACCGACGACAGGACAACCGUUCUGGUUCAGGCCGCAAUCGCAACAAUCAAAGUCGCACCAGAGGGCGCAAACAGCGCGGUGGUUCUAGGUCUAACGGUCCCUCUUGGUCCUCUCAACCAUGGCAGCAACUCCAACAUCCCUCUUGGUCUCCUUGGGGAUGGGUCCCACCUCCAUGGGGUGUGCCUCCUUGCCCAUAUCCUACAUCUCAGUGGACACAACCCACCGGUACUCCGAGGCAACCAGGUAUCCUAGGUCAACGUCCACAGGCUCACGUUGCUACGCCUUCACCAACCUCCACUGACAUUGCAGCUGCCAUGCACACCAUGUCUCUUAAUCCGUCGGACAAUGGUACAUGGACACUGGAGCCACCUCCCACACAACAGCAUCUCAAGACACCGCCCCAUUGUUGUUGUUAAGGCCUUUCUGGACAUGCCUGUUUGUUAGGCCAAAUGGUUAUCUUUUCUUCUCUUCCGACCCGU